AUGGCGCCAAGUGCAACUACUCAGGAGCCGGCCUCUGUCACCACAUUCGAGGCCAAAGGUGCCGUUGCGGUCGACAAGGCCAAGACCACCCUGGUCAACACUGAUGGCAUGAAGUAUCCCGAGUAUGCUCCAUACAACGAUCCCAACGACGUCUUCCCAGAGCCGGAGCCCUUUGAUUACCAUGACAGGGCUCUGGAUGCUGAUCCCGCCAUGCCUGUCUUUUACAAUGACCACGUCAAAGUGGAAGAGCUCACGCCCUACCUCGGUGUUCGUGUGACCGGCCUGGACUUGGCAUCUCUCGACAAAGCCGGGCAAGACCAGCUCGCCCUCCUCGCCGCCAAAAAGGGCAUCGUCUUCUUCGCGAGCGAUGACAAGGUCAAACAGACCUUCCGCGACAUCUCCAUGAAGAAGAAGCUGGACAUGGUGCGCUACUACGGCCAGCUGCAUCAGCACGCCGUCCAGCCUCGCCCCGUCAGCUCGACCGAGAUCUCGGUCGUGUAUCAGGACAACGUCAAUACAGUGCGCAAGCACUGGUGGCCCAACCGCCUGAGCAGAGCCAUCUGGCAUAUCGACCAGUCCCAAGAGCGGCAGCCUCCAGGGAUGACGUUCUUCUGCUGCAUGCAGAGCGACGCCCCGUCUGGAGGCGAUACUCUCGUCGGAUCCCUCGUCGAGGCGUACGAGCGCUUGAGCCCUGCGAUGAAGCAAUUCGUCUGUGGUCUCAAGGCCGUACACUCCUCCAAGGUCAUGGCCGCCAAGGCGGCUAGAGUAGGCGGUGCCAACAGGAGGCAGCAGGUUGAGUCUGUCCACCCGGUCGUGUACGAGCAACCGGCCACUGGCUAUAAAUCCUUGUACAUCAAUCCGGAGCGCAUCACGCACUUCGAGGGUCUACGUCACGAGGAGAGCGAGAUGCUGCUCAAAUUCUUGAGCGACCACAUCACCAAAGGCGCGGACUUCCACGCACGAUACAAGUGGAGCGAGGGAGACGUCUGUGUCUGGGACCAGCGGGUUCUCAUCCACUCGGCCGUUCUGGACAACAUGGAGCAUCGCCGGCACUUCAUCCGCAUCACUGCACUGGCUGGCGUACCCACCCCGGCCAAGUACACUCCAUCGGAGCAUGAGGACAUGUACGCCAAGUAG